AUGCUCCGUUCAGCCAUGUCCACCAUGCUGCCUCAGUCCUCAAUUCCCCUCUUCACAACUGUCUCUGCUUUCCGUCAAUGGCGUAACAUAGCGCGUCGAGACGGCAAAUCAGUUGGUUAUGUGCCAACGAUGGGGGCUCUUCAUGAAGGGCAUCUGUCUCUCGUUCGACAGUCUCUGGAAGAGAAUGACCUGACUGUCGCCUCCAUCUUCGUGAACCCAGCACAAUUUGCCCCUCAUGAAGAUCUUGCGACUUACCCUCGCACCUUACCACGCGAUCUCGAGUUAUUGGAGUCCACUGCGAAUCAUAAACCAGUAGCGGUCUUUCUUCCCACUGUCCAAGAAAUGUAUCCCUCCGGCAUCGACCAGGAUACCGCUGCGCAAAGGGGCACCUUUGUGGAGGUGAAAGGCUACGGUGAACAAAUGGAGGGAAAGAGUAGGCCGACUUUUUUCCGUGGCGUGGCCACUGUCGUCACGAAAUUAUUCAACAUUAUCGAGCCUACGAAUGCAUAUUUUGGCCAGAAAGACAUCCAACAGUGCAUUGUACUGAAGCGGCUGGUCCAUGACCUCCACCUAUCUCAUCCAGAUGCCGCGCAUCUUCACAUCGUCCCGACCGCCCGCGAUCCAAUCGACAAUCUUGCACUCUCAUCACGUAAUGCAUAUUUGUCAGAAGAAGGGAGAAAAGUCGCCCCAGUUUUAUACGCAGCGCUCACUCUUGCGCAAGAAGCGUGCCUCCAGGGGCUGCCCAAGAAUGUCUGCAUCGAAAGGGCAGCUCAACUCAUACAGGAGACGGCAUCUACAUCUCCGUUGGCUUCCGACAUCAAACUCGACUACAUCGAAAUCAACGACUCAGACACACUCGCUCCCUGGGAUUCCAACCAGUGCUAUGCCCCAUCCACCACAACUCGGCCAGUGAUCAUCAGCGGAGCACUCUGGGUUGGUAAAACUCGUCUGAUUGACAAUGUGUUAUUGGGUCCUUUAGAAAACAUAGGUGUCUAG